GAGGGUCCAUUGAGGCAAGCUGUUCUGUUAGUUCUCAAGUUUGUUUGCAGAGUUUAACUCCAUUAGGAAGGUGAACAAGAGACCAGCAACAACCGAAUAACAGAACUUCCACACGAACCUUUAGUUUCAGACCUUUGAGUUGCAUGAAAUCAGGAGCUUUCACUCAAAACAGCACCGUGUUUCCUCAUACACACACACAGAAAGACAGAGACAGACUAACCCUCACCUUGUAGCCGGAAAGGUUGUGUCUUUUCCGGGAGAUGAAGAUCCAGUUCGCUCCGCUAAACAUCCCGCUGGGGAGGAGACUCCAGACAGCUGCUGUGCUGCAGUGGGUUUUCUCUUUCCUGGCGCUAGCCCAGUGUUGUCUAGCAGGCUAUGUGUUGCUGUGCGUCUCUGAUUGGUGGGUUCUGGCUGCGCUGUAUGCUGGUUGGCUGUAUCUGGACAGGGACACACCCACCAGUGGGGGUCGGAGGUCAGAGUGGCUUCGGAACUGGAGCGUCUGGAAACACUUCAGAGACUACUUCCCUCUCAACCUCAUAAAGACGGUGGAUCUGGACCCAGGUUCUAACUACAUCUUUGGGUUCCACCCCCAUGGUGUUCUGGUGGCGGGGGGUUUUGGGAACUUCUGUACGGAGGCAUCAGGGUUCUCCUCGCUGUUCCCCGGGCUGACCCCCUACCUCCUGAUGCUGCCAUUCUGGUUCAGAGUACCCUUCUUCAGGGACUACAUCAUGUGUGGAGGUCUGGUAUCCAGUGAGAAAGCCAGUCUGUCCUACCUGCUGUCAGCUCCUAGAGGAGGUAAUGUGGCGGUGGUGGCUAUAGGGGGUGCUCCAGAGGCUCUAGAUGCCCGGCCAGGAGCUCUCACCCUGCAGAUUCUACACCGCAAGGGAUUCAUCAAACUGGCGCUAAAACACGGGGCUCAGAUAGUACCUGUGUUCUCCUUUGGGGAGAAUGAGCUCUUCGACCAGAUGACCAACCCUACCGGCUCGCCGCGUCCGCUGGCUACAGGACCACCUGCAAAGGCUCAUGGGAGUGGCACUGCCGCUGUUCACCGGGAGAGGAGUGUUCCAGUACAGCUUUGGUCUACUGCCCUACAGACAGCCCAUAAACACUGUUGUGGGUAGGCCUAUUCCAGUGGUCCAGACCCUCUCUCAUCUCUCUCUCUCUCUCUCCCCC